CAGUGCUUCUUUUGGAACGGCAUCCCGUCCUUGCCUAAAAGACUACAAAAGCAGUAGCAAUAUGGGACAUCACAAUCAAGCACGGAGCACAAGCGGGAGGUCCAUCAGUUUGGCUCUGCUGAUGCUUCUGCAGGCAGUGAUGGAUGUCAAUCCAAGUGAGACCCCCAGAGUAUGUGGGAAGCAAGGAUCUAUGAACCGGAUUGUAGGAGGAAAAGAUUCCAAGGACGGAGAAUGGCCUUGGCAGGUCAGCAUCAAGAUGAACGGGCAGCACCACUGCGGAGGGUCCCUCAUUACAGACCAGUGGAUUGCCACAGCAUCACAUUGCUUUAAACUGUUCAGUGUCCCUUCCAAUUUCUCAGUAUUGCUCGGAGCUCGAAAACUCUCAGAUCCAGGCCCUUAUUCCAUCACUGCUGCUGUGAGGCAGAUUAUCCUCAACCCUACAUACAAUGGAGACUUGAGAGUUGGAGACAUUGCCCUGGUGCAACUGGAGCAUCCAGUGAAUUUCUCCCACCGGAUCAUCCCCAUCUGCAUUCCUGACGCCAGUGUUAGUUUCCCCCCAGGGCAUAAGUGCUGGGUCACCGGCUGGGGCGGUCAGAGUGAAAGAGAGAGCCACCAAAUCUCUGAUAUACUGCAGAAGCUGGAGGUCCCCAUCAUCAGUACAGACAAGUGCAAUACCCUCUACCGCCUCGACUCUGGGGAGCCCAAAUGGACGCGGGACAUUAAAAGUGACAUGCUCUGUGCUGGUUAUACUGAUGGAGGACAGGACGCUUGCCAGGGUGAUUCGGGAGGACCGUUGGCCUGCCCCGUGGGUGACUCCUGGCUCCUUGCGGGUGUGGUCAGCUGGGGAGAAGGUUGUGCACAGAAGAACCGUCCUGGCGUUUAUGCCCGUCUCACAUUCUACCAGGAGUGGAUACACAGCCAGAUACCAGAACUGAAGUUCACAAGCACAGGGGGCAAGGGUCACGGACCAACUGUGAACAACAAAAGCAUUGACAACAGUGCAUCAGCAGUCGGUUUUUGUUUUGUCUCCGUCAUCGCAGCCUCCGUCUUUUGGCUAGUGUCUUCCGAGUAUAUUCUUUAGAGAAUAUACGGCAGCUGUUUCCUUCCUAGGGUGAAUGCUGUGCUAAUUCUUUAGCUUGGAAGAAGAUGAUGCACGUCAGAACUGCCAAAUGGAGGAGGAUACAGCCUUCUGCUACCGGAAAUCCAGGAGUAUUCACUGAACCACAAACUCGGUGGUCCUGACCCUCGAGAGAUUUGCAGAAACUGGUGAAACUUUUUAAUUGCCUUUUGUGGACUUGAUCUUUCACCCCAGGAAGUGAUUUUGCUCCAGAAAACUGGAAAAGGAGGACUUUCGAUAUGAUAUUGACUGUAUCACUUAGAGGGAACAGGGGCCUAUCUGAUUGGAAUGUGGGAAUAGCCAGAUCAGAUUCUUGGAUUCCAGCUCUAGAAGUGGUGGAUCAUCUGGGAAAGGGAACAGCAUGUUGGGUUCUGUUCCAAACUAUGAGAAGAGGUCAAAAGCCGACUCAUUUUACAGAUUAAGUUUCUCUGCCUUGGGAAGCUAAAUAGCAAGGAAGAACUGCGGCUCAGGAACCAAGUACAUGAUUUGCAUGCAGAAGGUCCCAAAAUCAGUCCCUGAAAUUUCCAGUCAAAGGAUCUCAGGUAGCAAAUGUUGGGAAAUAUCUUUCUCAACCAGUAAGUCACUCUCAUUCAGAGUAGAAAAUACUAAGCUAGAUGGACUAGCGGCUUCCAUAUGUAUCUUAUUAUUAACCUUUAAUUUAAAAGCAAGGGGCUUGGCUUAGUGAUAAAGCACAAGUUUUGCACAUUGAAGGUCCCAGGUUCAAUCCCAGAGUGAAAAAGGUUUCAACUAACCUGGGCAAGAGCUUUCUCUACCAGUUCUACUUAGGGUUGCCAACCCCAGCUUGGAAAAUUCCUGGAGAUUUGGGGGUGGUGCCUGGGAAGAGCCAGUUUGAGACAGGAAGGAGCUCGGUGAGGAUGUGAUGCCAUGGAGUCCUCCCUCCAAAGUUACCAUUUCUUUCCAGGAGAAGUGAUCUCUGUGGCCUACAGACCUGUUGCAGUUCCAAGUCCAGGUCCCAGCUGGAGGUUGGCAUCCCUACUACUACUGCCAGUACAGCGUAUACAGUACAAUACAAUGGCUUGUAAAGUAGUUUCAUGUGCAGUUGUCUAAGACCUUUCACCCUUCCCUUCUGUUAAACCUGUGCUUGCAAAUGCAGGACCCAAUCAGCAAUAAAAACAAAACCAAAAAUUAAUUAAAUUCAAUUACAUUGACGUGAAGCAACAGGAAGCAGGGGUGAAAAGAACUUGGAGUGGCACAUGUGACUGCAGCCCAAGGGGGAUUCCUUGCUUGAUACAGAAGCAAAAUCUGUUAGGACAGAUCUCGAGUCAGAUCUAGGGUUGCCGGCGCCCAGGGCAAUCCAAGUCCGGUCCCUUGUGCGCACAGCGCACUCCCAGCACUGCAUGAUGACAUCACUUCCGUGACGUCUUUGCACAGGGUGGAGCAUGCCGCCCAUGUGGCAAGCCGGGUGCCCCAGCGCACCGCGGAUUUGGCAGAGGCAGCGCGGGGGGCUGAGAGGCUGCCCGCAUGCUCCCGGUGGCUGGUAGCUGAAACCGGCACCCCCUCCUUGGUGGCACUGGGGGCAGACUACCCCCCCUGCCCCCUCCUCGAUCCGGCCCUGCUCGAGUGGUCAGAAAUGGGAAUUCAUUUGUUUUCUUGCCUUUUAAAAAACUGCAAACAUUCUAUGGUAAUGCCUCUGUAACUGGAAUUUCGCUUCCAAAGCGAAAUUUCUGCCUUCAAAACAGUCCUGACAGGUUUAUUAUGUUACUUCAAGGUCUGCUGAACUUCCAGCAUUGUGCGAAGUGUAUAUUUAUGAUUUUAUUUAUUGUUUGUAUGACUUUUUUUUUGUAAUGCACAGUUUUGCAACUCCUCAGCCAAGUCAACUGACAAGGCCCCAUCCAAAACAUGACUUUCAAAUACUUCUCUGCCUUCCCUCCAAUAAACUCCUUGCUCUUUGGAUGGAGCAAGGUUUCUCUUUAA